AUGUCGGUGCAAAUCCCAAAGAACACCACCAUCCCGACCAAGAAGUUCGAGAGGAUCUGCACCACCGCGUUGGACAACCAGGAUGACAUGGUAAUUUCGUUUUACCAAGGUGAAAGAAAAAGGGCAAGUGACAACAAGCUUAUUGGUACCCUAGGGUUCAAGGGUAUCCCGCCCGCUCCCAAGGGCGUUGCAAGGAUCACGGUCCGCGUCGACGUCGAUGCCAAGGGCAACCUGAACGUGUCUGCCGAGGACAAGUCGACGGGCCGGAAGGUGACCAAGAUCAUACCGGGCGUCGGGGUGAAAGGAAAGCUUUUGUCGGCGGUGGAGGUGGAGAAGAUGGCUGGACAAGGAGAGAAGCACAAGGCGGAGGACGAGGAGCACUCGAAGAAGGUGAAGGCCAUGAAAGCGAUGAAUGAUUACAUGAUCGUGGUAAGAGAGAACGCGGCGGCCGGAGCCUACUCCGGGAAAGCGCACGGUGAAUUUAAGGAUGUGGCCGGAACGAUGUUGGACGAGUUCAAGGAGAAGUCGAAGGAGUUUGGGUUACGAUCAGGUGACAAGAAGAGGUAG